AUGGCGCCGUGGAGCACGACUGGCGGCCUCGGUGACGUCCUCGGCGGCCUCCCACCAGCCCUGGCCGUGAAUGGGUCCCACGGGAUGGCUUGGUCGACACACGCUGCUGAAGCUACACCAACGUCAUCACCGACAUCUACACUUCCAGGUGCCUCAACCCCAAGCCUUGCCAUGUUGAGUUCGAUAUCUCUGGAGCAUGCCAGCUUGGGUGCACGCCAGGUGUUCGAGGAAUUGUCACUGCAUGCCGACAUCUUCUGCAACAUCUGUAUUGGCUUCGAGCUGCCGAGUCGUAUGUCACUAGGAGUCGAUCAACACCAACCAUGGCCACCACCUGACGACCUGAGGUUGAUGAGUUGUGAUGCUGAGUUACGGCCUACACCAUGGCCGUUGUUCAACAAGGCUGAGAGGCUCUCUGUCAGGAGUUCCUGGGGUCGACUUUGGAAGCCCCCGUGGCCUAUACAAAUUUGCCAACAAAUCAGGUUCGUGCUCACUGACCUUGCAGUGUCCUGGAAAUACAUGAUGAUACCGGUGCUUGGUGCUAUGGCGAUGUGUGCUAGUGUUGACCUUCGAUCAAUACCAUGGCCAUCCUUCAGCGUAUUCCAUGAAUUUACUGUACAGUGGUGUAGUGUGUUUGACCGUGGAAAGUGCCAUCAGCUUGGUGGAAUUCUAGUCAGAAAGUUCUCUGGUGCUCAGAAGCCUAUUGCCUCAGUUUGUCAUGGACAGUUGAUUUUAGCGGCAGCGAGAGUAAUUGAGAACCGUACAUGCACAACAUAUCCAUUUGUUACACCAGUUUGGGUUGCUGUGGUGCUAAGUGGGAAGAACCUGAUACAAUGGCAAAACCUAAUUGUCAACGCAUUUGGAGACUCAGUGGCAGGCUCAGACAAGAAAAUGUUGUUCCUAUGUGGGGAGCACACCUGGGUUUCUACCGAUGAGCAUGAAUUGGAGGUCUGGAUUUUUCAGUUGCAGCAACCAUGGCCUCCACCUGCUGUUCUUCCACUCUGGCCACUUCCUUGGCCUUCCUUCUCUAGUUACGCAGCCUCUGUGCACACCUCCUUAUCAGUGGUUCUGUGCUAUCACCCGCCUCUAUCAGUCUCUGUUGGUGGUACUGAUUGUUUUGAUGGUGCUCAUCUAGCUGCUGUGGUGGUUCUGCUGGUUACAGCAAGGAUUCUGUUCAGUGAGCAAAUUGAGGUUGAUCAUCAUUGUGUGAGCUGUUGGGAAUGUUGGAAGCACUGGCUCAAGUUACUUCAAAGUGCAGUGCAAGUUGCUGAACUCAAUGGUGGCCGUGUGAAUGAUUCCAAUGGCAGCUCUGUGGUCACAAUCAACACAUCUCAGUUCAAAGUAAACCCAGAUUUGCCUGUUGCUGAAGAACUGCAGCAGUGGGACAUAACUGAAGGACAAAAUACCGCUUUCAUUUCUUUGUCUCCAGAACUAUCAAACAUGAGCAGGAAUUAUGUGCUGGAAACAAUUGCACAGAUCAAGGAUGAGAAAGUGGGGCAAUCAGAUAAGCCUGACUUCAUCACUGUCAGGGCUGUACUCUCUCAUGUGAGGGCUGAUAUAUUCUGCUAUCUAGCUUGUUCCUUGGAGCUUACUGGGAAACAUGCUACAUUGAGGUGA